AUGAGAGACACAGACCUUGAGGGGCUAAUUGGGCGCAGAGGUGGUGACAUUCUUGAACAUAUCCUCUCUACCUGGGGAGUGGAAUAUAUCUUUGGCUACCCCGGUGGAGCUGCACUUCCUUUAUUUGAUGGCAUAUACGGAACCGACAAGUUUCAAUCUAUACCUACGCACCAUGAACAAGGUGCCGGACACAUGGCAGAGGAAUACAGUCAGGCAACAGGCAAGCCGGGAGUAGUGCUUGUGACAUCUGGUCCUGGCACCUCUAAUUUAGCGACUCCCAUGCUGAAUGCGCUCUUAGAUGGGAAUCCCAUGAUUUCUAUCUGUUGGAAAGUCGAGUCAACUGCGCAAGGCACCAACGUCUUUCAGGAAAUCGAUGUUCAGGCCUUUGCUAGACCAUGCACAAAGUGGGUUACUGUGGUAAAGGCAAUCGAGGAGUUGCCAUCGUCUCUGCAGACGGCCUUCAAACAAUCUACUCACGGGCGGCAUGGCCCGGUGCUAGUGGCUAUUCCUAAGGACGUCGGCUCAGCCACUUUUAGCAGUGAAGCAUACCAAAAGGCUUUAAAAUGUUAUGGACCGAAAGAUUAA